CCAUUCACAAAUUCACAGCCAACUUCGUGUUCUUUUCUUUUCAACAAAAGUUGCACAUUUACAUUACUCGUGUUUUUCGCGUGCAAUUUUGUUUAAAAUCGUUUUAAUACGUUUAAACAUACAUUAAAUACUCAUUUUUAUAGGAGAUAAACAUAAUUUGGAUUAACUGAACUCAAAUAAGAAUGUCGAAAAGACGUAUAGAAGUGGGUGAAACGUAUGGUUCGAAGUCGAAAAAGGAUUUCGAAGGAUCUACGCCUACGUUCAAUAAUGCCAGUACGGUGGCACCAAUAACAGGCGCUGUUGCGGGUGCUGUGCGUCAGCCGGGCACCAUAAAUCCCUACAAUAGGAAACCGUAUACACAGCGAUAUUUUAAUCUUUACAAGAAACGAAUUACUCUGCCAGUAUUCGAAUAUCAAGCUGAUUUUAUGCGUCUUUUGAAUGAGCAUCAAUGUAUUGUUUUGGUUGGUGAAACCGGUUCCGGUAAAACUACACAAAUACCACAAUGGUGCGUUGAAUUUGCUUUGACAAAAGGUAAAAAGGGUGUUGCAUGUACCCAACCACGUCGUGUGGCUGCUAUGUCAGUUGCACAACGUGUUUCCGAGGAAAUGGAUGUGGGUCUUGGCGAGGAAGUUGGUUACUCUAUUCGUUUUGAAGAUUGCUCGUCCCCUAAGACGGUACUUAAAUACAUGACAGACGGUAUGUUGCUGCGUGAAGCUAUGUCUGAUCCUAUGUUAGAACAGUACCAGGUCAUAUUGUUGGAUGAAGCUCAUGAACGUACCUUGGCGACAGAUAUUUUGAUGGGUGUAUUAAAAGAAGUUAUAAGACAACGUAGUGAUUUGAAAUUAGUGGUGAUGUCUGCCACUUUGGAUGCUGGCAAAUUUCAACAGUAUUUCGAUAAUGCACCAUUAAUGAACGUUCCAGGUCGUACACAUCCAGUAGAAAUUUUCUAUACACCAGAACCAGAACGUGAUUAUCUCGAAGCGGCUAUACGAACUGUCAUACAAAUACAUAUGUGCGAAGAUAUUGAAGGUGAUAUUUUAAUGUUUUUAACCGGACAAGAGGAAAUCGAAGAGGCUUGCAAACGUAUUAAACGUGAAACAGAUAAUCUAGGCACAGACAUUGGUGAGCUUAAAUGCAUACCACUAUACUCGACUUUGCCACCAAAUCUACAACAGCGUAUAUUUGAGCCUGCACCACCACGCAAUGCCAAUGGUGCUAUUGGACGUAAAGUUGUCGUCUCCACAAAUAUUGCAGAAACAUCGCUAACCAUUGAUGGUGUUGUUUUCGUUAUUGAUCCAGGCUUUGCCAAACAAAAAGUCUACAAUCCACGUAUACGUGUAGAGAGUUUGCUUAUUUCAGCCAUUUCAAAGGCUUCAGCACAACAACGUGCUGGUCGUGCUGGACGUACUCGCCCAGGUAAAUGCUUCCGCUUAUACACGGAAAAGGCUUACAAAAAUGAAAUGCAGGAUAAUACCUAUCCAGAAAUUUUGCGUUCGAAUUUGGGCACCGUUGUUUUGCAGCUGAAGAAACUUGGUAUUGAUGAUUUGGUGCACUUCGAUUUCAUGGAUCCGCCAGCGCCAGAAACGCUUAUGCGCGCUUUAGAAUUACUCAAUUAUUUGGCUGCUUUAGAUGAUGAUGGCAAUCUAACCGAUUUGGGCGCAGUCAUGUCGGAAUUCCCAUUGGAUCCACAGUUGGCCAAAAUGUUAAUUGCCAGUUGUCAGCAUAAUUGCUCAAAUGAGAUACUUUCGAUUACGGCAAUGUUGUCGGUGCCACAAUGCUUUGUGCGUCCGAAUGAGGCUAAAAAGGCGGCGGAUGAGGCGAAAAUGCGUUUUGCACACAUCGAUGGUGAUCAUUUGACAUUGCUGAAUGUUUAUCAUGCUUUCAAACAAAGCGGCGAAGAUCCUAAUUGGUCUUAUGAGAAUUUCAUAAAUUUCCGUUCAUUAAAAUCAGCCGAUAAUGUGCGUCAACAGUUGGCACGUAUUAUGGAUCGUUUCAAUUUGAAACGCAGCAGCACCGAAUUUACAUCUAAAGAUUAUUAUGUUAAUAUACGUAAGGCUUUGGUGCAGGGAUUCUUCAUGCAGGUCGCUCAUUUAGAGCGUACCGGCCAUUAUUUGACCAUAAAAGACAAUCAGAAUGUACAGUUACAUCCGUCAACAUGUUUGGAUCAUAAACCCGAUUGGGUAAUCUACAAUGAAUUUGUGUUGACCACGAAGAACUACAUACGCACAGUUACAGAUAUUAAACCGGAAUGGCUGCUCACUUUGGCGCCACAAUACUAUGAAAUGGCCAAUUUUCCUCAAUGCGAAGCUAAAAGACAAUUGGAAAUGCUGCAACAACGCAUCGAAUCGAAGCAAUUUCAAAAAGGAUUUUAGUUCCAACGUUUCUACUAAGCGCGCACGUUUAUUCCAAAAGUUUUACCUUUUUCAUUUACUAUUUGUUUAUUAAGUUAAUAAUACAAUAUUAUCAGCAAAUUAAUAAAUUUGAUUUGAAUUUGAAUUUAGCAAUUAAAUUUUACAUGAAAAACUAGUAACUUGAACACAAACUGUUGGCUGAUAAAAAUCAGCAGCUGUAUGUAGUGCUGUUAUUAAUUGAAACAACAACAGAA